AUGCAGUCCAAUCUUCUUGCUCGUGAAGUGGGCGACUUUGCCCCCCGAGACUUCAGUCGCUCUAUAACCUCUGAACUCCUUCGUUCAUUUGCGCCAGCGCCUCAGCAUCGCUUCAAUGGCGAGAGAACAAUAAAGCACGAUCCCGCUGGCGUAGAUGAGCGUGCGCAUAACAUCAGAGCUCAUGGAGCAGGCGUCAAUAGUAUCGCUUUAGAGAGAUUCGACGGCCGUAUCCUUCUGUCAGGUGGUGCAGAAGGAGGCAUCAAAGUAUGGGAUCUUGAAGCUGGCGGGAACCCUCACAAGCUACACACUUUUCGUCCCGUGAGCAGCAUCGCGAGGUCUACAAGGGAUGAGAACUCGCACGGACAUAGCCAUGGUAUCACGCAUGUUGCCUUCUACCCUUUUGACCCUGACGCUUUCCUCUCGAGUUCCUACGAUAAGAAGUUGAAGCUUUGGGCUACACAGCGCUGUGCCCUUUCAGCCACGUUCGAUCUCAACGCAACGAUAUACUCGCAUUCCACAAGUCCUGUAGCAGACCAUCUAAUCGUCGCAUGCGCCACACAGAACUCAGCAGUUCGACUCGUCGACUUGAAGUCUGGAUCAGCUGUACAAGCUCUUGUAGCACAUGGUGGUCCUGUAUUAUCAACGGCAUGGAGCCCACAGCAUGAGCACAUUCUUGUGAGUGGACAUGCAGAUGGAAAAGCUCGUAUCUGGGAUAUACGACGGGCUGGAGGCGUUGUCGCAUUAUUGGAUCAGGAAGAUUCCCUGGGGAUUGUUCAUAAAAUGAAGCAUCUCAGUGCGGCAGGCAUGGACUCUAAUCAGAUCCCACACUUUCGCGCUUCUGCACAGGCACAUGAUGACGCCGUAAACGGUCUACAAUGGACAGAUGAUGGGAAGUAUAUCAUAUCAGCGGGCCUUGACCGUCGUAUUCGCGUCUGGGACGCAGCCACGGGGGCCAAUACUCUUGCAAGCUUUGGCUCUUUGAUCCAGAACCAGCACGCAAAGACGGCAAGCAUUCUGGUAACCCCAACUCAUCUUUCUGCAGGAAACAACCUUGUGUUUUGGCCAAACGACCAAGAAAUUCUUAUCCUUGAUCUUCACGACGGCAAUAUUGUGACGCGGCUCCGAAGUCCGGGCGUGACCAACCCUGUAGACCCACGAGGUAGCGAGAUGGGCAGAAAUAGAAUCACGAGUAUGGCUUGGCGUUCAUCUGGCGGGACUGGGUUUCCUGUUGGACCUGUCAUGGGUGGUGGGAACUCGAUCGGAGCUGUUUAUAGUGCUCACAUGGAUGGGCAGAUCCGGGCUUGGGCACCUCAAGUGCCUGGUCCUGAGGAUGUUGCUGAAGAGGACGAAGUACAAGAAGAUGAGGAAGUGAAGCAGAGGAAGAGAAAGGCUGUCGAUGACGCGUAUAAGAGUCUCAUGGGCAAGAAGAUUACAUUUACUUAG